CAACUUUUAUUUUUACUUUUAUUUUUUACCAUCUCAAGGACCAGCCAUACUUAUAUUUGACAAGAUAACAUGACAGACCACUACAACGAUCCCCCCCACGACACAGUGGAACCCCCCGGCUACCAAUCCUGGCGAACGAACCUAUCCAACAACUUCAGUGAAGCCUUUAGCACCGCCAACGGCGAUGACAACGACAACUUCAAAUUCUGGAAUAACACCGAGGUUAAACUCCUCUCAUUACUGAAGAAAGCACCCAAAAUCUCGCACGAGGUGAUUUUCGGCUGGGACUUGGAUGGGGGCGUUUGGAUCCUUGACCCAACAGCAAAAGUGGACAAAGACAUGAGCAUCUACGCGAAACUACACACUCUGCUCAAAGAGGAGUUUAUGCAUUGGAAUCAGGCGCUAGCGGAGUGUGGUGCUGAAUACUACAAGAACUGGCGUGAUGCUCCAUACGGCCGGGCUGCAGUGGCAGCGCACGCUGAGCCAUGGGGAUACUCGAGGCCGUACUUUAUGACCAAGGAGGCGAUGGAAUCGGCUACGAGAGGGAUAAGAAAUGUGGAUAGAGUGGCUGAGGAUACUCAGGCGAAGUUGACUUGAACUUUUAUGCUGGUGUGUUCUAUAGUACUAUGAUUUCAAUGUUUAAUUGGUAGUUGCGGUUAUCUGUCCAAUGAUAAGACAGACUUAGAAUACCUGACAAUCUGGCAUCGAUAAACUGUUGUCGUUUAUAUAGGCUGCUGCCUAGGAGGCGCAGCCCCCACUAGUGUACGAGGAGGCGGGGUUACAGACUCAUGGUGGGUGAUGAUCAUGCCUGAAGGGGAUGAUGCAGGAGUUAAGCAUAGUUAUGAAAGUGAUGUUAGUAAGACUCUUGAGAUAACAGCUGGAGUGGCCGUGCAGCUUUGGAGUAACUGUUAAAUUGGGAUCACGUGAUAAAAUAACGACGACCACCAAACUUGCAAUCAUGAAGGACCUUGUCCC